CUCUCAGACAGGAUCAUGGCUCAGCUGGUGGAGUGUGUCCCCAACUUCUCUGAGGGCAGAAACAAAGAGGUGAUUGAUGCCAUCUCUCUGUCCAUCUCGUCCUCUCCUGGCUGCAGUCUAUUGGACGUUGACUCCGGAGCCUCGACUCAUCGGAGCGUGUUCACCUUCGUGGGCUCACCUGAGUCCGUGGUGCAGGGCGCGCUGAACGCUGCCAGCACCGCCUUCAAGCUGAUUGACAUGACCCGACACUCAGGUGAGCACCCCCGCUCCGGAGCUCUGGACGUCUGUCCCUUCGUUCCGGUUCAAAAUGUCUCGAUGGACGACUGCGUCCGCUGCGCAGAGGCCUUCGGAAAGAAGCUAGCCGAGAUGCUACAUGUGCCUGUGUAUUUGUACGGAGAGGCAGCGAGGAAAGAGUCGAGGAGGAAUCUUCCGUCGGUCCGAGCAGGAGAAUACGAAGCUUUACCUGAGAAGUUGAAGAGUCCUGAUUGGUCGCCUGACUUUGGCCCCGCCCUCUUCGUGCCGUCGUGGGGCGCCACGGUAACCGGCGCUCGGAAGUUCCUGAUUGCGUUCAACGUGAAUCUGAUCGCAACCAAAGAGCAGACGCACCGCAUCGCGCUGGACCUCCGAGAGCAGGGCCGCGGCAAGGACCAGCCGGGUCUCCUGCAGCACCUCCAGGCUCUCGGAUGGUUCCUGGAGGAGCAGAAUCUGGCUCAGGUGAGCACCAACCUGCUGGACUUUGAGAGGACGGCGCUGCACACGGUCUACCUGGAGGUCUGCAGGGAGGCCCAGGAGCUGAAGCUGCCGGUGGUGGGCUCCCAGCUGGUGGGGCUGGUCCCCCUCAGAGCCAUAAUGGCCGCCGCUGACUUCUUCAUCAACAGAGACGGACUCUUCAUCGUGGAGGAGGAGCACAAAGUCCGCCUGGUGAUCAGUAAACUCGGCCUGGACUCUCUCGCUCCUUUCAACCCCAAGGAGAGAAUCAUAGAGUACAUGGUGGGGGGGGGGGACAGCCCUCUGGUCUCUCUCUCUCUGAGGAACUUCGUUCAGAGCGUCGCCUCCAGAACUCCGGCUCCUGGGGGGGGGUCAGUAUCCGCUGCCAUCGCUGCCAUGGGGGCGGCGCUGGCCUGCAUGAUGGGUCAGAUGUCGUACGGGAAGCGUCAGUUCGAGAGUCUGGACGGCGUCAUGCGGCAACUCAUUCCCCCAUUUCAUAGCGCCGCCGCCGAGCUGCUAACGAUGGUCGACCGUGACGCCUCGGCCUUCAGCAGCUACAUGGCGGCGCUGAAGAUGCCGAAGAACUCCGAAGAGGAAAAACAAAAGAGGGACGCCUCUCUUCAGGACGGCCUGCGGCAGGCGCUCAGCGUGCCCUUAGCGCUGGCUGACAGGAUCAACUUGCUCUGGGCUCCUCUGAAGGAAAUGGUCGUCCACGGAAACAUCGCCUGCAAGUCCGACGCUCAGGUGGCAGCGAAGGCCUUAGAGACGGCGGUGUUUGGAGCGUAUUACAACGUGAUGAUCAACCUGCGAGACGUCAGCGACCCGGACUUCAAGAGCGCCACGGAGAGGCGCGCCGCGGCGAUGCUAACGGAAGCUACAGAAAGCGCCGCCGCCGUGCUGCUCGUUGCCGAGGACAGGAAGUGAUGUCACUUCACUCUUCCUCCUCACCUGAGAGCGAGGGGCCGUCACUCUUUUAUCUAAAUAAUGAAAUGAAUCAGAGAACGUUUCAUAAUAAUAAAAAGUUAUAAAUCAUUA